UUAUUUCCUGCGGAGGAUGACGUUUUUGACAGCAGGGAGGGAGGCAGCAGAGCCGAUUAGCAGGCCCAUCUAUGAGCGUCCCGGGCCCGAAGCAGCUCUCUCCUCCUCCUCCUCCUCUGAUAAAUCUCAGGCGUCCAUUCCGGCAGCGAGAGCUUGAAAUGCUCCGGAUAGCAGACUCCGAGCUGAGUCUGGUGAGUGAGGGUUUGAGUCCCUGAUCUCUACCAUGGCAGGGGAUCACUACAGCCCCCCAUCCCCACUGGGGGAUUCCCUCCUGGGAAGUCCACUUUGUGGAGACCUGAUGGAGGAUCUUCGUGAUAUCUCCCAGUCUAUAGGAGAUGACGCACUGGGGUUUGAUUUUCCAGAGUACCAGAGCACUGGUUCAGGGUCCAACAGCUCUGUCGCACUGGAGACCUUGACCCCAGCCUCGAGUCCAUCAUCAGGAGUGUGCGGAGCAGCGGCUGGCCAAGAUGAGAGCGGCAGCACCCUCAACCUCGAGUGCCGGGUGUGCUCUGACAAAGCUUCGGGCUUCCACUACGGGGUGCACGCAUGCGAAGGCUGCAAGGGUUUCUUUAGGAGGACCAUCAGGCUGAAGCUGGAGUAUGAUAAGUGUGAGCGGAACUGCAAAAUCCAAAAGAAGAACCGAAACAAGUGCCAGUACUGCAGAUUCCACAAGUGCCUCUCUGUGGGCAUGUCCCACAACGCCAUCCGGUUUGGUCGUAUGCCCCAGGCAGAAAAACUGAAGCUCAAGGAGGAAAGCAAGAUGGUUGAGAAAGAGGUGGAAAGUCCCUUAAUGUCUGACCACAAGUUUCUGGUCAGGCAGAUCCAUGAUGCCUACAUGAAGAACUUCAACAUGAACAAGGCAAAAGCACGGCUCAUACUCACUGGAAAAACUAGCAAGCCGCAGCCUCUCAUCAUCCACGACAUGGAGACGUUCCAGCUGGCGGAGAGAACAUUAGCGGUCCAUAUGAUAAACAGCGACUAUCCGGAGUCUGACAGCGUCCUCGGACAAGUGAGUCCGGCUGUGUCGUGCGGGGAGCUUCGGCAGAGGGAGGCCGAAGCCAGGCUCUUCCACUGCUGCCAGAGCACCUCAGUGGAGACUGUCACAGAGCUAACGGAGUUUGCCAAGGCUAUGCCGGGUUUCCAGAGUCUGGAUUUGAAUGAUCAGGUGACUCUCUUGAAGUACGGUGUUUACGAAGCCCUCUUCACCCUCUUGGCCUCCUGCAUGAACAAGGACGGCCUCCUGGUGGCCCGUGGUGGAGGCUUUAUCACCCGUGAGUUCCUCAAGAGUCUCCGCCGACCAUUCAGUGACAUGAUGGAGCCCAAAUUCCAGUUUGCCACACGCUUCAACUCUCUGGAGCUGGACGACAGCGACCUAGCUCUUUUUGUGGCUGCUAUUAUCUGCUGUGGAGAUCGUCCAGGCCUGGUAGACGUACCUCUAGUAGAGCAGUUGCAGGAAAGCAUUGUUCAGGCGCUGCGGCUCCACCUGCUGGCCAACCACCCAGAUGACACCUUCCUUUUCCCCAGGCUGCUGCAGAAGUUGGCUGACCUCCGGGAGCUGGUCACUGAGCAUGCUCAGCUGGUGCAAGAAAUCAAGACGACAGAGGAUACUUCCCUGCACCCGCUGCUGCAAGAAAUAUACAGGGACAUGUACUGAGUAUAUGAACUGAGAAAUGCAUAUGAAUGUACAGGAAGGAACAGCAAUGCAGCUUCUGAGGCUGCUGCACAAACCGGAGCAAAACAAAAAUCUUUUUUUAAGGAGGGGGGAGGCAGCUUUUGUUGGGAAAGUGACUGCUUCCACUUCAUUAAGAGGACACACAGUGGAAAGGGAGCGUUUUUUAAACCAUAGAUGUGCAGAGGUAUCAUUAAAGGGUUAAUUUCGUUGAUCAGCAGCACCAGAAUGUAAUGGAGCUGAGUGCCUUGGAUGCCAGCUUUUACACAUGUGAAGAAAAGUGAAUCUGAAGCAGGCUGUGCAUAUUAGCAUAUUGUGCAAAGAAAGUUAUGUACACAUAUCAAAAAAAUACCUGGGUAUGACUGCUGACCUCAUGCGUGCGUACACUGAGGAUAACUAUACCUGUGAACAUAACAGAUUAGGGCCCUCUGGAUGUGAUUUAUGUCAUUUUCUUGUUCUGUUACUGCGUACUUGUGGCACGUUUGCUUUGACUACCUUGACAACUCGCAGAGAACUGAUCAAGUGUCAUCGUUACUUGCUGCAUGAGUUCAGGUUUCUCCUGUUUUGGGCACAGCUUCUGCCUCCAACACAUAACAGAUAAUUAGCCUUACUUCUCCCGCAGGCAAUAAGCUGUUAUUUGAUGUGUCAUUUUUUAUUAAUCCUCUGCCCUGCUGUUAAAAGCCAACACAGUGUGAUAGCUCACUUUUUUUUCUUUUAAUUCAGAUUUUCAGUGUUACAGAAUACAUGUUUAUGUACAAAUCCUGCCAUUAUGUAAAACUAAAUCUCAAGGAGAAAAAAGUGCUAACAGCCAGUACUUUAUAUUUCCAAUACAAACAAAAUAAUCUGUUAAUUAGCUUGUGUUGUGUUUUGGAAAUAUAACAAGACUGCCUUAACCUCGGUGUAAGGGACGUGUCUAUUUGCAGGCCUCAAAAGGAGGAGCUGAUCACCUUAUUUUUCUGUACUUGGACUCUGAACCGCGAUGUAGCAUUGCGAAGUUGUUGUAGGUCAUAAUGAAACAUUUUAUCUUUUAUAUAUGUCUAAACAUGCUGUUAAUGUUAAACGUGUUGUAGUCUGAAAUAAACGAAUCUAUUUAACAUCACUUUCUAAAUGAAGCCAUCAG